GACGCUCUAACCGCUGAGCCAAAUCGGCCAGGGCUCGUGUCUGUCUUAAUAGAUGACAGAUUCUCACGACUGCGUCAGCAUUCACUGUUGCCCUAGCAUACGUCAUGUAGCCUCUGAAAAGCUCCUCUGUACACCCGUGAGAGAAUGAGAGAGGAAAGGCAGUUAUGUCCUAGUAUUAUUAUGAAAACAAUUUUAACUAAAUGGACCCCCUGAAAGGGUCUCGCUGACCACGCUUUGAGAACCGCUGAUUUAGAAUACUGUUUUCCUUAUUAUGAAAGAAAUUCCAUACGCGUUGUGGAAAAACUAAAUAUUCAGAAAACUGGAAAGAAGAAAAUGAAAAUUGCCCAUCAUGUUACAAUUCAUUGUGUUUGUAUUUUAAUAAUAAAGUGUCGUCACUGACUGGUGGCUUGGAUUCCAGGCAGGUUGGGCAGAUGUCAGUGGCCUUCAGGUUUUGAAUGGGGACAAGAAAGCUCUAAUAUUCCACAACGCUGAUGCCAGUUCCUGGUUGCAGGCGGACCUGACCUGGAACUCUCUCCUUGGCCAGUCCUUUCUAAGGAAUUCACCUUCCAGAGCCCACCUGCACAGACCUGCCAGGGGACCCUCUUAGGAGCAGAGAAAAUGGUGAUCUUCAGGCAGCUCUCCCUGGGUGUGAAGGCUGCCCUGGCGGCUGGCACUGUCUUCGUGUCCAUGAUUAUCUCCCGCUCCUACCUGUCUGAGAGCCUGGAGCUCAGGGCCUGGCGUUGGCUGUUCCGCCUCCAGCUUGCCCUGUUUGUCAACUCGCUCAUGCUUAUUGGCUCCCUCUACAUCUGGCGUAGCACAGUCAGCAACCUUAGCCAUUCCCCAGCCACAGAGUCAGCCUGUUUUCAUCUUUGGAAGAUGGCUGUUGUGACAUUUCUGGCCCUGGCCCACUCUAGCUCCUUCACCAUGCUCUUCUUAGUGGCCGAGGAACCCUAUCUCUUUUCCUUGGCCGCCUACUCCUGCCUCGGGGCCUACAUCAUCAUGCUCUUCUUCCUCUGUACCCUCAGCGGCAUGGAGCAGGCCUACCAGCUCUUGGCUUGGCGCAGUGGUAGGGUCGUGGGCAGCCUUGACAAGACGAGGAAGCUGGCACUCAGGCCAGCCCUGGCAGUGGUGGUGACCGCCAUACUCAGCAUAGCCGGGCUUCUGAAUGCUGCCCAGCCCCCAGUGGUGAAAACCGUGGAGGUGCCCAUCCACCAGCUGCCGCCCUCGAUGGACAACCUCAAGAUUGUGCUCCUCUCAGACAUUCACUUGGGCCCCACGGUGGGCAGGACCAAGAUGGAGAUGUUCGUGAGGAUGGUGAACAUGCUGGAGCCGGAUGUCACGGUGAUCGUGGGUGACCUCUGUGAUUCAGAAGCCUCGGUCCUCCGGACAGCUGUCGCUCCUUUGGGCCAGCUUCGUUCACGCCUGGGCGCCUACUUCGUCACAGGGAAUCAUGAAUACUACACGUCAGAUGUCAGCAACUGGUUUGCAUUGCUGGAGUCCCUGAAUGUCAGGCCCCUUCACAAUGAGAACGUGAAGAUUUCUGCCACUCGGGCCCAACGCGGCGGUGGUGAGGAUGAUGACUGCAUCUGCUUGGCCGGGGUGGAUGACAUUGAAGCAGACAUCCUGCACUACUCUGGCCACGGCAUGGAUCUGGAGAAGGCCCUGGGGGGCUGCAACCCAGACCACGCCACCAUCUUGCUCGCUCACCAGCCCCUGGCUGCCAAGAGAGCCCUUCAGGCUCGGCCGGACAUUAACCUGAUCCUUUCUGGGCACACGCAUGCGGGGCAAAUCUUCCCCUUGAACGUGGCAUCCUAUCUCCUGAACCCCUUCUUUGCUGGCCUCUACCAGGUGGCCCAGACCACAUUUGUGUAUGUCAGCCCAGGCACGGCCUACUAUGGCAUCCCCAUGAGGUUGGGUAGCAGGGCGGAGAUCACAGAGCUCAUCCUGAAGCGGGCUCCCUGAGCCUGGCCCUACCCCGCAGGCAUCUUUAUCUUGAUCACCCUUGCCCUCACUCUCCCUCCCUUGUCACAGCGGGUUGCCUGCUUCACGCCCUCCAGCCUUGCCUGCCCCGCCCCGCUGAUACACCCUAGUCCAGCCUGGCUUGAACAGUGAUUUGUGGUAAGGCUGCCUAGCAGGUUACUUUGUAGAUGGCCAGUUGCUUCUUUAUAUGCAUUUAUGAGGCCACCAAAGUCACACAUGUAAGAACAGGGCAUCUAUUUUCCAGAUGAUGUGAAGUAAACCCUCCUCCUCUGCAGCGCUCCCAGGAAUAAACCGAAACUUGGGGUUGCUUGAAAGGGAUGCCUCUAGAAAAUAGAGCAGGGGAGGAAUUCCAAGUGAUUUUUAAACUCUCUUUAGGACUCAGGCAGUUCCCAGCAUCACUGAUGCAGAGCUUUCUGGGUACAGGGCACGUUGCUAGGUAAGCGGGGAGAGCAGGCAAGACGGAGGCCCCUCUGGCUGCUGGAGAAGAAUUUUCUUCCCCUCCCCACCCCUUUGGAUCAGAGUCCCCUUUAUUGAGGAAACCAGCCAAACCUGCUGGAAUAGAGUUCAUCCUAGUCCAGACCUUGAGCGAUGCUACUUCACUGUCUGUGCUCCCCUGGGCCUCGGGGUGGGGGUGGGGAGGAAAGAGCACUAUUGUGCGUGAUGGUAAUAGCGCUGCACGGGGACUCAGAGGGUGUUCACCCCCUUUUCUACAAUUCGGUGACGAGAUUAGGGGCCGGCUCCUUUUCCCCAUUUAGAGAUGAGGAAAUAGCAAAGAGCCGUAGGUAGGGCGUUGGCAACAUGACAAGGUGUGUAGGACAUCCUGGGCUAGGAGGUACCCAAGGCAUCUGCCUCGCAGUGAAAAUGUUCUUUCCACUGUCUGGUGGUUCCGGAUUCAGACAGUUACCGGAAGUAUGAGAAUGAGGGCCUGGAACCUGAUGUUCUUUCAAAGUGGUUUGCUUGAGUUCACCCAGAACUCCAUGGGCCGGGGCCGGGAAGGGACCUGGUUUCAGGCCAGUGCAGGGUGUCUUUACGUUGGAGGAAGAGUCAGGAAAUGAGCCCCACCCCAGACCCAGGUUUGGGUCUGGUGUGUGUGUGUGUGUGUGUGUGUGUGUGUGUGU